UAUUUACUUAAAAAAAUCUCACUGCAGAAAAAUUCAGAAAGUAAGAAGAUAUCCUCUUUUUCCUCUAUAAUAUUUGGGUCCGAGAAAGGGAAAGAAAGUGAACGAAGAAUAAUGGGAUAUACCUCACUUCUACAAAGACGAGACCCAAUGAGUGCAAUUACGUACAACAGUAUUGGCAGUGGCAAUCCAUUGGCCCCCACGCUUUUCCAAGACACAGCCCCCACCCAAUCAAACAAUCUCCACACGCGCAUUUCGCCGAACACUUCACGUCCCACUUUAAUCUCUCUUCUCUUCUCCUCUCCCCUCUUCACUUCCGUUCCCGUACAUAAGACGCAGCCUCCCAGCACACGACCCCGUUCUUCCAGAUUCUAAAGCUCUGGGACAUGGCUGGUGCUGAUUCUGCAUCACUCUAUCAUCCCACUUCCAAGCUUUCUAAGCCCUCUGCCUGCAGAAAAACCAACAUCUACACCCUCGUCGUCAUCCUCUGCGUCGUCUCUUACCUUGUGGGUUCGUAUCAGAAGGGAGCAGCACUCAUCUCCUCCGCCAAGACCACCACCAGCAACGUCCUCAAUGUCCCGUGCGCUAAAACCUCCACCGCCGGGAACCACCGUCUCGAUUUCUCCUCCCACCAUAACGCUACCGGUCUGGCGGCGGAGGCAACCGUGGUGAAAAAAUACCCCCGGUGCGGCGUGGAGUACAGCGAGUACACGCCAUGCGAGGAUCACGGUAGGUCGCUGAGGUACACGAGGACGAGGAUGAUAUACAGAGAGAGGCACUGCCCGGAGCGAGAGAAGGGAGAGAUACUGAAGUGCCGGAUUCCAGCGCCGGCUGGAUACCGGAAUCCUUUCCCGUGGCCGAAGAGCCGGGAUCUGGCAUGGUUUGCGAACGUGCCUCACAGGGAACUGACGGUGGAGAAGGCGGGACAGAACUGGAUCCGGUUCGAGGGAAACCGGUUCCGGUUCCCGGGAGGUGGGACCAUGUUUCCGAAGGGAGCGGACGCAUAUAUUGACAACAUCGGAAAGUUGAUUAAUCUCCGGGAUGGCUCCAUUAGAAGUGCCAUUGACACUGGCUGUGGGGUGGCUAGUUGGGGAGCCUUUCUUCUCUCUCGUGACAUCUUAACAAUGUCAUUAGCACCAAGGGAUACACAUGAAGCACAAGUACAGUUUGCUCUUGAACGGGGAGUUCCCGCAUUGAUUGGAGUGCUAGCCUCCAAGAGGCUGCCUUUCCCUUCUAGAGCUUUCGACAUGGCUCAUUGCUCUCGCUGCCUCAUCCGAUGGGCUGAAUAUGAUGGAGUUUAUCUAAAUGAAGUGGAUCGAUUGUUGAGGCCUGGCGGCUUCUGGGUUCUAUCUGGGCCUCCGAUCAACUGGAAGAGACACUGGAAAGGAUGGGAAAGAACGAAGGAGGAUUUGAAUGAAGAGCAGACCAAGCUCGAGAAUGUGGCUAAGAGCCUUUGCUGGAAGAAGUUGGUGGAGAAGGGUGAUAUUGCUAUCUGGCAGAAGCCCAAAAACCAUUUGGAUUGCAAAGCCAAUCAUAAGCGCCCUUUCUGCCAGGCCGAGGACCCUGACAAAGCCUGGUACACAGACAUGCAAACUUGUUUGAGUCCUCUGCCUGAAGUGUCUGGAAGAGAAGAAACUGCAGGAAGGGCAUUGAAAACUUGGCCCAAGAGAUUAAAUGCCGUCCCGCCAAGGAUAUCCAUGGGAACCGUAGAAGGAGUUACAGCUGAAACAUUCAACAAGGAUUCUGAGUUGUGGAGGAAGAGGUUGUCACAUUACAAGAAAGUGAACAACCAGCUAGGAAAACCUGGAAGAUACCGGAACCUCCUAGACAUGAAUGCCUACUUGGGUGGAUUUGCUGCCGCACUUAUUGAUGAUCCAGUUUGGGUGAUGAAUGUAGUUCCUGUCCAGGCUAAGGUUAACACACUUGGGGUAAUAUAUGAACGAGGAUUGAUUGGAACAUACCAAGACUGGUGUGAAGCAAUGUCUACUUAUCCUAGAACUUAUGAUCUGAUCCAUGCUGACUCGGUAUUCAGCCUUUACAGUAACAGAUGUGAGAUGGAAGACAUAGUGUUAGAGAUGGAUAGGAUUCUUAGGCCAGAGGGCAGUGUGAUAAUUAGGGAUGACGUGGAUGUGUUGCUCAAAUUAAAGAGAAUCGUCAGUGGAAUGGAAUGGGACUCUCAAAUUGUGGACCAUGAAGAUGGCCCUCUUCACAGGCACAAGCUCCUUUUUGCUGUUAAGAAGUAUUGGACUGCCCCUUCUCCUUCUAACCACCACUAAUUCAAUCUUCUCUUGUCAUUUUUCUUAUUUAUUCCUCUCUCCGGAAUCAAGAAACAGGAAAAAAAAAAUUUUGUUGGGGGAAAAAGCUAAUUCAGUUUUAAAUGUGCAGAUCUUUUAUGGUACGAUUAUAGAUAAGGAUGCUUUUGUUUGAUAUUGGAGUUGUGACUCAACAGCCUAAUCAUUGCAUUAGAUUUGAAAAAAAGAUUGAUUACAUUCCUUUGCUUUGAAGUUCUUCAAUACCUUAACCUAGCAAUAUGUAUUGUAUACAACUAUAAAUGUGUUAAUUCUUGGAAAGUUGGGGAAAA